ACCAUGGCCUCUAAGAAGUUCAUCAUCACUUGGGGAGUUCUCUUCAUUUUGAUGUUUCUGUUUGCCUCAAAAGUGGCAUCCACAACCGAGCUUGACAAUCCAAAUGUGAAAGGCUUGCCUACUCCGGCAACACCAAAUCCUGGGGUCCAUAUACCCGGAAGCUUUGGAAGUCCAGAUGCUAAAAGCCUACCUCCUCCAGCUACACUAAACCCUAGGGUCCAUAUACCCGGAAGGUUUCCAGAUGUGAAAGGCUUGCCUACUCCGGCAACACCAAAUCCUAGGGUCCAUAUACCUAGAAGCUUUGCAAGUCCAGAUGCUAAAGGCCUACUUCCUUCCGCUACACCAAAUCCUGGGGUCCAUAUACCCAAAAGGUUUCCAGGCUUGCCUACUCCGGCAACACCAAAUCCUGAGGUCCAUAUACCCGGAAGCUUUGCAAGUCCAGAUGCUAAAGGCCUGCCUCCUCCAGCAACACCUAAUCCUGGGGUCCAUAUACCCGGAAGCUUUGCAGGCCCGGGUACUCGAACUUGAGUACUUUCUUUGCCAUCCCAGUCUGUAUAAUUCAGCACCGUAUCAUAAAGUCUGAGAUAUGUAGCACAUGAAUAAAAGCAGUUAAGGAAUAAUAAUUCUGUCUGCACUACUUGGACUUGGUGAUUGAAUAAGCUACAACCCUUUGUUAUUAGAAAGUAUUAAAUAAAAAAGAGAACAUCUACCUUCUUGAUAAAUAUGGGCUAUCGAUUAUUGAUUUGAAAAGGAACAAAGACU